GUGGCUUCGGCGGGCUGGGACCGGCGGUUCGGCUCGGCUCGGUUCGGCUCGGCCCGGCCCGGCCGGCAGCAGGGACGCCCACGGGAAGCAGCCCCGCUGCCGUGGGGCCGCCCAGCACGGGAAGCGCGGCUGCUCCCGCGGCUCCCAGUACGCCCGGAGCUGCCCGCUCCUUAGAGCUCCCACCCAGCGAAGUCAGCCGGCCUCGCCAGCCAAGGAUGACCGAAAUGCACAACGCGGAACACACGCGUCUGCCGUGUUACGGCAAGAAAAACCAUUCCGUAAAAAAAAAAGGGUUGUUUUCUUUCAGACAAGUAAGGCUAGAUGUGUUAAUUUAAAUAGCGUCAGAGAAUGGAGAAGAAUACCAACAACGCCAUGUGUUUAGCAGAGCAACAUCAACAUUUCCUUAAAGCAAGCCUCAAAGGCAAGCCAGGCACCUCUGAACGGAAAAUAAACUUAAUUACGUCAUUCGGUAAUGGGGCAGUGAUGCCCAGACUGCGGACCAAGCUUGCAGUGCAUGAUCCACAGCUGGUUUAUGAAACCAUUAAAAAAAAUAAGGACUUGUUGUCUUUUACGUGGGUGCACUGAUGAUGCACAAAGAUACUUGGGUGGCAGUGGGUGUUCAGUCCUAGGGCUGUUGUCACAGAGGUCUGGACUGGGCAGAGGCAGAGCCCAGGGCAGGAAGGGACAGUAGCACUACCAGCUGCUGUGGAAAUCCUGUUACCUCUGUGCUCUGUGGCUAGCUUGAGCUUUGGAUCCAGCAGUAACACACCGCUGUUAUGAGACUGCUGUGGUCAUGAACUCACAUGGCUCCUUCUUCAGGUAGUUUGCAUGGACAUUGUCCCUACUGCUGAGGUAUGAAGUCCAUCCCAGGCUCCGGACUGUCCCAUUUUCAGACUAAGUUAUUCACAGGCAAGUCAUUUUACUUGUUCCUGUGCCAACACUGCUUAGAUUUAUAAAUAGCUUUUUAUCCUUGCUGAUGGUUUACACCUUUGCCGUGUGUAUGUAUGCACAUGGAUGCAUGUUUACACAAUGUCAUAUAUUUGUGUACAUAUAUGUGUAUGCAUGCAUGUAUUUGCAGAGCAGAGUCACAUUCCCUCCUGGGCAAAAGAAGUCUCACUCUUGCCAGCUUCUCUGGUAUGACACGCGUUUGGUUUCCUGCAUCAUCCUUGGCUUUUCCUGUAAUGGCUGCCUUUUAAACAUAAAAUUGGAAAACCGCAGAGAAUACUUGCAGUUUGCUCUUUAUUUCCAAAGUUUUUUACAGCUGUUAGAAAAUGAACAAUUUCUGAAAGUCUGAACAAAAUGCAGAUAGUGGUCAGCUGCAUCUCCCCUGCCAUUGCCAGGGGGAUUUAAUGAACUGGGGAAGAAUGGGAAAAAAAUCCAAUGGAAGAAAACUCAAAGAUGAGUUUCAGUAGUCUUCAAGCAUGGGUAUAUUUUUGAAGCACGUUUGAAUGUUUAUAGCUUUGUGAGUACUGUGUCAGGAUAGAUGCCUGUAACUAUUUAGAUUUAAAUUUGAAAGUGAGGAGAAAGGAACUAGAAGUAUUGGAUUCUUUAAAGUAGUUCAGGCUCAGAUUUUAGGAUACUGAAGGUAACAUCAACUCAUACAUUUUGCUCAUUUGUCAGAUUUUCUCUCUGGGUUAAAUCACUGUAAAAUGACUCUUGAAUGCUUGUUCCAUAUAGUACCAUUUUAAAAGAGUAGUUACAAACACUAGGGUUUACUGAACUGGAGUCAAGUCCAUCUAAUACAAUUAUAAGAAUCUGACUGGUGGGGUAACUUGCUUUUUCUUCUUCCUCAGAAUGAUCGCCUUGUGCACAAUGAAACAUUUAUGUCAAGCAACCAGAAAUGAGAACAGAUAUGCAACAAGGUUCUUUGGUACUCUUCUGACACAAUCAGCACAGAAAUGGCUCUGUUCUCCAUUCUGGAUAGUGGUACCUGACCCUAGGAAGUCAGCUGUGUUUGGGCUUACUCAGCCAUAUUGUACAGAUGAAAAAACUCAUGCACAACCAAAAGGGAAAACAGCAUUUGGAAGCGUUGGGCGAAGAAUUCCCUACCGUAUUUUGCAUGUACUCAACCAGGAUGGGGAGAGCUUAGGAAACAUGCAUCGAGCAGAUGCACUCAGACUUAUGGAUGAACAUGGUCUGAAACUGGUUCUGCUUCGUGACAAUGUAGAACCUCCAGUUUACAGACUAAUGACUGGGCAGCAGAUUCACGAAGAACAGCUUAAACGUGCAGAGAAGAAAAAAUCAAGUCCAAAGCCAGGGGUGGUUCAGAAGGAGUUAUCCUUUUCUUCAGCUAUUGCCAAGAACGACUUAGAGACCAAGACUAAACAGAUAGCACAGUGGAUUGAAAAGAGACACCAUGUUAAAGUUACCAUCCGGCAAGCAAAAGGUAGCAGUACAGACAUGUUCAUGCUUUUUGAUCAAAUUUUGGAGACUGUGUCUGAGAAAGCCACUUAUCUUUCCAAGCCAAAAGUUGCUAGAGAAGGAGUGAGUACAUGUGUUUUGAGGCACAUGUCUGACAGAGAGUUGAAAGAACACCAGAAGAUGGAAAUCAAGAAAAACAGUACAGUAAAGAAAGAUGAAAAUGAAGAUCUGAAGUCGAGUGAGUUGCAUCAGUGACUUUCUGAAGUGGUGUAAACAAUAUAUAUUUAUUUAAAAAAUAAAACCAAAAAAUAUUA